AUGGCAUCCAACAAGAAAGUAGUGGUGCUCGGUCUCUUUGCCCUGGCCUUGUUCCUCGUGGCCCAUUGCGCGGAGGCGGUGCACAUAUGCACGAUGAGGAACAAGUUUUUCCAUGGCCCGUGCAUGAGCAACAGGAAUUGCGCGGCCUUGUGCAUCCAAAAAGGUAUUGGCCACGGUGGGUACUGCUCCUACUGGAGACAAACAUGCAGAUGUACCCUUCAUUGUUGGAGAAAAACGACGCUAGCCGGGAUUGAGCCGACACAAGGCAAGGACGAGCCGGCGCCCUUGGACAUGCCUAGGACGGAAGUAUCCAACUAA